CUUAUCGUGCGACUCGUCCGAAGACCAGUUGAUGCUCGCGCGUCGGAGAACACAUCCGCUCCCACUUGCACUGUGCGCGUGUGAUUGUGCUAGGACUGCCCCCUGGACUAUAAACGAAGCGAUAGAGUACUGGCGAUAACAUAACCAAUCAGAGGCAGCCAUGAAAUCCUCGCUGAGUAAACAGGUGCUGAUCUGCCUGAUGCUGUACGCGUCAUGCGCACAGGCCAUCAUGGUGAAGUUCGGCACGAAGGGCGGGCCCAUCGAGCCGCCGACGCCGGAGCCGCUGCCGAAGCCGCAGCCGUACCGCUCGCCCGCGCCCGUCUGGGAAGCCCGCUCUGAUGAUCUCCCAGACCCUAAUGCUCAAUGGCGACCCCAGCUCUUCUUCCCUCAGCCGAGGUACACGCAAGUCGUAUUCAACCCGUCAACGCUAGCCCCGGUACAGAACAACGCGCAACGCUUCGUCAACGCCUACCGACCAAGUCCCAAGCCCGCGAGACCCGUGUCAGAAUAUGUAAACCCUUCCCAAUUCCUCAGCUCUCAGAGCCUGCCAGGGUUUGGUACACGCUAUUUCCUUCCCGCCUACGUCAACGACUUCCAAUUUAGAAAAGAAGAGAGGAAUCAAGAGGAAGUGAAGCAUAACAAUGACAUCGAAACCAACAAUAUCAGCGACUCUACUCAGGAUGCCGCGUCUGAUCUUUUGUGGAAAUUCGAGAAGGAAUCCUCGAAGAGGCAGCAGAGACAGACUUGGGAAGGAACGGGAAGGCCAGUGUACCAGUGGCCGGUGUACGUGCACCCUAGACACUAGUUAAUUUAAUUAGGGUAGGAACUGACCUGUAAAAUUAAACUAACGCAGCCAUGGAAUUUUACGCAGAUAAUUUGUAAAGUUUUCAUUGGUGACACGCGCCAUUUUAGGGUUAAGUAAAACGUGCCACAAGUAAGAGAAAGAUGUCUUAAAAUAAACGAAGUUUUUAAUAUUGUUAAUAAGCAUGCCAAGA